AGAGUUAUCAUGUAAACAGGGGUGGAGUGUAAUUCUGGAUUGGAAGGGUAACUUAGCAGAAGUCUGAUGAGCACUAGGGAGAGAUUGAGAAUGGGGGUGGGGAAUGAGAGUAGGGGGAGGGGGGCAGUGUUGAGUGGGGCUCUCUGGCUUCGGUGGUGCAGAUCUGCAAUUUGCUGAAGGAGGCAAAGAACAUCCUUAGAUCUAAGUAGGGCUUUUAGUGUGCUCAUUGAUGAGUGAAAGUCGCCACACAUGUCAAGCUAAAGGCAGUUGUUGGGUUACUAACAGGACACAACGCCUUGCAAACAUAUGCGUUAAGCUGUGUAUACAGAUGGCAGGGAGAAUAAUGGAGCAGGCGCCUUUUAUAAAGCUCUAGCUGCUGCCUGUCUUCAGACCUAGGGAAUGAAACUAUUCAGACUCAGGGCCAGAUAGCGCCUGGGAUUGUUUGUUACCGUUUUAAUCCUAUUAAUUAAAACGUUAACCUGAUUGGGUAGAAAGCUCUGUCCCAACAGGCAAGUCUUCUUCAUAAUAACCUACUCAGAGAUAAUGAUGUAAAAGACUCCCCCGUCUGUGGCAGCGGCUGGUUGAUGGGUCCGCAAAUCUCUUGGAGGUGAAUCCAAGCAAGAUAAACGGUGGGAAGAAGAGCCGGUUUGGCUCACAGCAUCAGCAGCGGCUGCGACUCCGGCUCCGGCUCCGGGUCCCUCCCUCUCACCCUCAUCAUGCCCGGCCGCGGUACAUGUUGAGCUCCAGCCUCCAGCACAAUCGACUGAAGAAGAAGAAAAAGAAGAGAAGGAGGAGGAGGAGAAGGAGAACGCUGUGGAAGGCAGAAAAAGAAAAAGAAAGAAGGGGAGAGGGCUCUCGGGAGCGCCCGGACUGACACCGGCACAAUCCACAGACCUAGGCUCGGCGGCUACAGCAGUGCUUGCUGCUGCUGUUGCAGCGGCUGCUGCUGACUCCCUAGCAGGAGGCGGCGGUCGCGCGGAGGGUCGCGGCUAAGGAGCCUGCGGCGGAGACCCAGACUGCUUGCUGGGGGUCAGGCUAUGGAGCGCGGUCUGCACCUCAACGCUGCGGCUGUGGUUGAAGAGGACCUGUUUCUGCACAAGACCCUGAGCGCAGCCUCGGCCAAGCGUCUGGAGUCAGCUUUCCGCUCCACGCCCCCGGGGAUGGACCUGUCUUUGGCGCCUCCGCCGCCGCCGCAGCAACCGCCGCCGCCACCACCGUCUCCGCUGCCACCGCCCCGGGACCGCCAGGCGUCGUCCUCUUCGUCGCCCCUGGGUUGCUUCGAACCUGUCGACCCGGAGGGGGGAGGGUUGUUGCUGCCGCCACCGGGCGGAGGCGGUGGCAGCAGUGGAGGAGGAGGAGGGGUGGGGGUCCCCGGGUUGUUGGUGGGCUCCACUGGAGUUGGGGGAGACCCCAGCCUGAAUAGUCUGCCUGCCGGAGCAGCCCUGUGCCUCAAGUACGGCGAAAGCACCAGCCGUAGCUCGGUAGCAGAGAGUAGCGGUGGCGAACAGAGCCCCGACGACGAUAGCGACGGGCGCUGCGAGCUGGUGCUUCGUGGUGGUGGGAGCGAACCCCGGGCCUCCCCAGGAGGAGGAGGAGUGGGGGGGCCCGGGGGCGCCAAAGCAGCUGAGGGCUGCUCCAAUAAUCACCACCACGGUGGAGGUGGCGGCCCCCCGGGGGGUCCGGGAGGCGGUGGGGGCAGCAGCGGCAGCAGCAAAAAAUCCAAAGAACAGAAGGCGCUGCGGCUCAAUAUUAACGCCCGCGAGCGGCGGCGAAUGCACGACCUUAACGACGCGCUGGACGAGCUGCGGGCGGUGAUCCCGUACGCGCAUAGCCCCUCGGUGAGGAAGUUGUCCAAGAUCGCUACACUGUUGCUGGCCAAGAACUACAUCCUCAUGCAGGCACAGGCCCUGGAAGAGAUGAGGAGGCUCGUUGCCUACCUCAACCAGGGCCAGGCCAUCUCGGCUGCCUCACUGCCUAGUUCGGCCGCGGCAGCAGCAGCAGCGGCCGCUGCGCUUCAUCCAGCCCUAGGCGCCUACGAGCAAGCAGCUGGCUAUCCCUUUAGCGCCGGGCUUCCCCCGGCCGGCUCCUGUCCGGAGAAGUGCGCCCUUUUCAACAGCGUCUCCUCCAGCCUCUGCAAACAGUGCACGGAGAAGCCUUAAAAACAAAACAACCACACAAAACCUACCCAAACGCUAGAGGAAGAAGAUCUUAUUGCUCCCCCUCCCUUUUUCUUCUUUAUUUUAUUCCCUAAUAGUUGCAAAACAUUGAAUCAACACAGCAAAAGAGUGAACCAACAUGAAGAAUCAGAGAGACAAACAGGACUUUGGCCGUAACUUCUGCGGAUUAUUCUCCGUGGAUUAUUAAUUUUUUUGGGGGGGGGGAGGAAAAGGGGAGGGUAAUUGUGGGAUAGGGUGUGUGGAAUUCAUGGGGGAGAGGAGGGUGGCUUUAUUUUUCAUGAAAAAGUGGUGACUUUUAUGCCAACUAAGUAAUAAGUCGCCUUUUAUGGAAGAGGGGUGGGAGUUGAGAGAUAAUGUCUCAAUUAUUAAUCAGGGGAGAGACGAUUUAUUUAAAGCAAAACACUAAUCCUACUAAUAAUUAUGAAUUUGGUUAGGACUGAGGGGUUUAUGGGUCGGGAUUGGGUGGGGCGGCAGACCGGAUAUUCAUUCAGACAAAUCAGAAAGGGCACUUGAAAAUAAUUUUUGAUUCUGAGCCAGGAGAAAAACUUGAAAAGUAGACUUAUUUAAGUGAAAAAAAAAAAAAAAAGACUUACAUGUUGCUAUGAAAGACUUGUAUUUUUUAUUGUCUCUGAACUCUAAUCCUGUGAAAAUGCAAAGUUUUAGGGAGAGUGACUUUAAAGACUCGUGUGGCUGAAAGUAUUUUGCAUUUUUAAAUGUUUAUGUGCACCUUGUUACUUUCCACUUUGCAAUGAUGUAUAACAAUACAUGAUAUUUAUUUGUUAUUCUUCAAGGACCCCUCUACACCAACAGUAUUUAUCAUGUGUUAAGGUCACGGGUCUUAUGUGCAGGUUUUUUUUUUUUUUUUAAUGCCUCUAAAAUUCUGUUUUAUGGAUUAACUUAUACUGUGUGCCAAGUGUUUAAAAGGUUUAUUUGCCAACAACGUAUAAACAGAAAUAUUGAUGUAUCAGAGCUACUUAGGUUUAUGAAAGGUCAUCUGAAUUUUUUUCAGUUGCAUCAUCCCUGUAUUGAAAUUGAGCUUUAAUAAAUUGCUUCAGUCCAAAAAUUACAGGAAAGGUGUAUUCUUAAUUGUUGAAUGAAUUGAUCACUUUUUGAAAGGGGCUUCUUUGCAUUCUAAAAGGGAAAUAGUGAUUUACUUUAACAAGGCAUCACAGCAAUAGAUGUUAUAAGUAAAAACAUUGCCAAGCAAAUAUUUUUCCAGGCUGUGCUGUGCAUUUUUAGAAAGUCUAAUUUAUUUCCUUUUAAUAUGUAUAAAACUUAUUUUACUUGUGGAAGAUUAUUUAAGUUCAAAGACGUUUGGUUUGCCUAAGGUGUGAAUUUUUUGUUAUUUUUCUAAAAAAUAAUAAAAUAAUAAUAAAAUUAAAUUAAGGAAGAACAAGAAAAAGCUAUUUAUCCAAAGUGUUUUCAGUUUUAGUUUGCAUGGCUGAGUACCUGCCUCUCUGCCACCUGAAAAUCAAGAAAAUCUCUUUUAAAAAAAUUUCCAUUCCUUACAGAUAAUGCAAAUUCUGUCAGGAGAAUGGUAAACUAGAAGUCCUGAUGGCUCUGUCGGCAGGUCGUGGUUGUGUAAAGAGUGAUAUAUAUUAAAUAGGUCAAUCAGAAUAUGACAGCUAUGUAUGAUCAUUUGUAUGUGUAUCUAUGUCAGAAAGAAUCUUUAUUAAAAUAUUUUGAACAAA